AUGGCGGAAUCGUUGGUGGAAACUCGAAUCCCACAGCAAAAGCUAUACGAAUCCAAACCUUUCCCGGCGGUAGUGAUUUCGCCGUCUUCUUCGGCGAUUCCGAUUCCUGCCCCGUCUCUCCCACUCUUCACUCAGACCAUCAAGACUCAGAAACCAUAUCUCGAUUCCCUCCUCCACGAAUCCGGAGCAGUCCUCUUCAGAGGAUUCCCGGUGAAUUCCGCCGACGAAUUCAACGACGUCGUUGAGGCUUUCGGUUUCGACGAGCUUCCUUACGUCGGAGGCGCCGCGCCUCGCACCAGCGUCGUCGGUCGCGUCUUCACCGCCAACGAGUCUCCUCCCGAUCAGAAAAUCCCCUUCCACCACGAGAUGGCUCAGGUUCCUGAGUUUCCAUCGAAGUUGUUCUUCUACUGUGAGAUUGAGCCUAAGUCUGGAGGAGAAACACCAAUUGUGCUGAGUCAUGUUGUAUACGAGAGAAUGAAAGAAAAGCAUCCAGAUUUUGUUCAGAGAUUGGAGGAGCAUGGUUUAGUCUAUGUCAGGGUUUUAGGUGAAGACGAUGAUCCAUCUUCACCUAUCGGCCGUGGCUGGAAAUCCACAUUCUUGACCCAUGACAAGAACGUUGCUGAGGAAAGGGCAGCGAAAUUGGGAAUGAAACUGGAGUGGACGGAGGACGGAGGAGCCAAGACGAUAAUGGGUCCAAUCCCGGCUAUCAAGUACGACGAGUCGAGAAACCGGAAAGUGUGGUUCAACAGCAUGGUGGCUGCUUACACGGGGUGGGAGGAUAAGCGGAACGAUCCAAGAAAGGCUGUGACUUUUGGUGACGGAGAGGCUCUACCUGCUGAUAUUGUUCAUGACUGUCUCAGGAUUCUUGAAGAGGAAUGUGUUGCUGUUCCAUGGCAGAGAGGAGACGUUCUGCUUAUAGACAAUUGGGCUGUUCUUCACUCUCGAAGACCGUUCGAGCCUCCUCGCCGAGUUCUUGCAUCACUCUGUAAAUAG